AUGGAGUUUAUAAAGGGGGAAGAUAUAUAUAGCUGGUGUAGAAACAAAGGAGUAGAUGUACAGAAGACUGUAAGCAUUUUGGGAAAUUUUAUGGAAAUAAUAGAUGAAGAUAUCGUAAAUGAAGUAAAGAAAAUGUAUGGAAUCAAACAACCAUAUAUUGUAGAUAAGUGGAGAGGAGUUAAUGAUGAAAUAUGUGCCAUUUUAAUUAGUAAUGAUAAUCAGCUUGAUGCUUCUGUAAUCCCAGCUAAUAUUUUAAUUGAAAAGGCCCCUGGUAAGAAAUGGAAAGUAAUGUGGCCAGUAGAUAGGUAUGCGGAAGGAGGGGAGAAGGCCCUAAUUAAGGAAGAUAGUAAAGGAGAGAGUACCAGUGCGGGAUGUUAUCCUAACAAUAGUCAGACAUCUGAAGAAGAUUCCUUAAGUAAUCAGAAAAUAGAUCCUCAAGUUGAGAAUGUGAUGGAUAAAGUGGUUAGUCAUUUUGAACGCUGGCAUUAUGAAGGGGGAUAUAGGAGACUGAGAAUCUUUUCGGGAGUAACUCCCGUUCCUACAGGAGAAGAGAGUUAUGAAGUAUGGAGAGAGGCAGCGGUACAACAUUCAGAGGAGUGGAGAUGUCCAGAGCAUAUUAAACAACAAAGAAUCGUGGAAAGUUUGAGGGGACCCGCGAUGGGAAUCAUUCAUGCUACCAGAAGAAGUAACUCAAAAUCAACUUUGAAAGACUAUUUUGAAGCAUUGGACUAUUCUUUUGGAACUUUGGAAGAUGUAGAGGACCUUCUAUCUAAAUUAAAUCAAACUUAUCAAGAGCCAAAUGAAACCCUCACCACUUAUAUUUACCGUUUAGACAAAAUUCUAUACAAGCUUCUGGACAAAGGAGGGAUUAAUCCACACGAAAUUGAUGAGAGGCGAUUGAAGCAUAUUUUGAGAGGGGCCUUGACUACGAACCCUGUAGCUCAACGUUUAAGGUGUAGUUUGCCCAGGGUGCCUGCUCCUACUUUAGGUGACUUAAUAAAAGAAGUAAAACUAGAAGAGGUACAAAUUGAAAACCGAGAGAAAAACUUAAAACGGGUUAAAGUGAUUGUUCCUACCCCUGACGUUUCUUCAGUAAAUGAUCAAUUGUUAAAGCUAAUAGAGGAACAAAAUAAGAAAUUAGAUCAGCUUAUUUCUCUACAAAAUACACCAUCUGCCACGUCAAGAGUAUCAUCUUCUGGUCGGGGCAGAGGAUUCAGUAGGAGACCCGUGGAUAAUUCUAAUAUCACUUGCUUCAAAUGUGGACAAUUAGGACAUAGGUCCUUUGAGUGUAGUCAAGGAAGAAGUUUCCCUUCACUUCCAGCUACCAUUGACAGACGUCAGCCUGGACAGUCGGAAAACGUAGAAGGGAGGUCGAUGAACCCCGCACCGACUCCCAACCCAUAA